CUUGUAUACACUUUAAAAAUACACAUGGCACAAUUGGAAGUAGGUAAUUUUAUUAACAAAAUCAUCGAUACAUGUGAUAAAAACUUACCAACACAGCUGAUCACACACAAAAUUUAGCCCAUCAAACUUUGGUCAAAUUCAUUUUAAAUUCAUGCGUUUUCAAUAACAAGGCCUGGCAAAGCCCAGGGGAUGUACAACCACAGAAGACAAACUGCCCAAACAAAAAACAGCAUCUACAAGCUUUUCGGAUCCAAUGCUCAUCAAUCAAGAUUAAAAAAGGAAUUCAAAUUUCAAAAACCGCCUCUUGGAGGCUGAUUGCGGGGGAUUUUAAGGCCUCAAUGUCAUGGUCGGUAGCACUCCUACGGCAGUAAAAAGACACAUGCCGUCACCGACGCGCGAGGACCGAAAGCAGAGUACAAGGCCUAAACCACCAAGCACUCCAGGAAAACAACAAGCCAGCAAACACAGCACUAGCGAAUCAUAUGGUUCCAAGGUACAAAUAAGCAACGAAGAACUAGAGAAACUCCAACAAAAGGGUUACACGGUCGAGAAGCCUUUGUCGCAAGGAUGUUCCGGCCGGAUUUACCUUAUGACCUACAGGCCUCCGCACAAGAAGAACGCCCCGGCCACGAAAAUGGCUGUCAAAGUUAUAGACAGGGCGAUGAUAGGGGAAAAGUUUCUCAAGAAAUUCUUGCCGAGGGAGAUCGCCAUUUUAGCAGAACUCAACAACCCCCACUGCGUUCAAGUUUAUUCAAUUAUGGAAGUCAAUAUGAAAAGCUUCUUCUUCAUGAGAUUUGCUGAAAAUGGUGAUUUGUUGGACUACUUGACUACAAGGGGCGCAGUCGACGAAACACACGCGAGGCUCUGGAUUCGUCAGCUUCUUCUUGCCCUGGACUACCUCCACCACAAGUCGAUAGCACAUCGAGACAUCAAAUGCGAAAACAUACUCGUGACGGAAAAUCUCAACGUAAAACUGGCGGACUUCGGUUUCGCCAGGAGUUGGGUCGGCCCCGACGGCAAAGAUUUGCUCUCGGAGACGUACUGCGGAUCCCUUUCUUAUGCCGCGCCUGAAAUUUUGAUCGGAAAGCCCUACUGUCCGAAAAGGGUGGACGUUUGGUCCAUGGGUGUCGUCCUGUUCAUUAUGUUCAAUCUUGCAAAGCCCUUCGCUCAGACAGUUCCAGCAUCGGCUUUGCAAGCCCAGUUGGCCAGAAAUUACAGAUGGUCUCCGAGAGGUGUGAGAAAUGCGAGCAUAAGCUGCAAAGCUUUUGUAUCGAUGAUGCUGGAGCCGCAGGCCCAGAGGAGGCCGACUGCAGCAGAUCUGCUAACGGAGAGGUGGAUGAUGGAAGACGUUGAUAUUAUCCGUCUUCUUCCCCACGACCCGACCACCUACAAACUCCAUCCCAACGAAUAGCCCAGUGAUUUUUGUCGAAUAAUAACUUCGAGCGUAUUUGCCGAACCAGUGGACUCGUUUUGUGCCGUGUGUGGUUUGAAAAUUUCCGAUGGUUUCAGGUGGAAUUCGCGUGGUGCGCGCGUGAGCGGAAAUGCUAAAGCAUUUGUCGCCUCGAUGCUAGAGCCGAAGAACACCGUCAGACCUUACCCUUCUCAACUUCUUGUCGAGAUGUGGAUGAAUGACGAUCCUGAAAUUCUGAAGCAUCUUCCUUACACACCCAAGUAAGGACGGGAGUCGAGUAUGGUUGCUGAAUAUCAUCGGAAAAGUAAAUAGCAGGAAAACCGUUUUAAAACAUAUUGUCGUCAUUUUUAAUAAUAAAAAUAUUUUAAUUCGUUCA